AUGGUCCACAUUCAGGGGCUUCCCAUAGAGCUUUUACAUCUCAUCUUCUCUUUUCUUGCUCCUCCAGAAGAUGAUCUCGACCAAUUGAGCGGAGAUCAAACCACGACAGCCAAAAUUGGCAGUGCGAAGGAAUUGAAUGACAACGUAUCUGACGAUGGGGAAUGUGAUGUGAUUGAGACUUUGCGGAAUGUUUGUCUGGUUUCGCGGAAGUUUCGCGAGGUCGCCCAACCUCUACUCUUCCGUGAGCUCUAUGAUGAUGGUUUAGCCGGUGAUCUAAGCCCGACCAUUCCAUUUACCAAAACGAUUUAUCGACGUCCCGAUCUCGGAAAACAUGUCCACCAAAUCAUCAUCAUGCCUCUCCCAUUCCAUCCAGGUGCUUCCGAUUCUCUUGCCGCAGAGGACGUUGAAUUCUUCAAAGGCAUAAUUAAGGGCCUCCAAUUGGCUGAUGAGGAGGACACAUGGAUUUCGGCCAUGGAAAAAUCCGACCUCAGCAUUUUCGCAGCGUUACUAGCCAACAGUGCCCCCAAUCUUCGCGAGCUACAUGUGCCAGUGCGCCAAUUUCCAAUCCAGCCAUUUAUCCAGCUGUUCAGUCAUAAUCCGGAGUUUUUGUCGAACCUUGAAUCGAUCUGGAUUGAAAGCGAUGACGAACUUUCCGGCUUCGAUAUUGCUUCCUACGAGAAAUUUGUCACCCUUCCCAAGGUCACCUUUUCGACCUUUGAGUACGGUGAUCUCUUCGACGAAUCGUUCCCAUCUACUUGGCUGCCUGGAACCUUGGAGACCCAGGAACUGGCCUUCCACCACUGCCAUAUCGACGCAGGUGCCAUCAAAAAGUUCCUGCAAGCGUGCAAGAAGCUAAAAACCUUUACCUACAACAAUUUCAGCUUGGACCCUAACGACCGACGCAUCAUGCGUGCGGGGACGGUGCCCGAGUUUGACGCUAAGCAAGCUCACGAAGCCGCCCUCAUACAUAAAGAUACACUCGAACUGUUCCAUCUCGAGUACGCAAUGGAACUACCGGACGUCGAUGAUAUCGAGCAACUCAUUUCUAGUCACGUCAAGGUUGGCUCAUUCCGCGAUUUCUCCGUGCUUGAGACCAUCCUCAUCCCACAGGCUUCCCUUCCACCCCACCCUCAAUUCCCCAGCUCGUUAGAGACACUCCAUAUCACAGACUGCAACUCAUCUAUCCGGGAGUUAACUCAGAACAUCGCGGCAGACUGUAAAAAUGGUCUUUAUCCCAAGUUGACCAACGUCAAGGUAUUUGCAAUCGAUAUCACGCAGCCCAUUAAGCUUCCUGGGCAACGUAUUCCAGAGGGAAAAACACCAGAGCAGUGUUUCCUUGAUCUGAAGGAGAUGUUCAAAGGAACCAAAGUGAAUUUCCAGAUCUUGCCAUAUGAACUACCUGACUUUGAUGAUUACGAUGAUCUUGACGAUUUUGAUGAAGAUCUCGGGUAUGAGGAAGAUUUCGAAGAAGCCGGGUUCGACCAUUAUCCACCAGGAGCAGAUCCUGACAUGGGUCCAAUCCCACCCCGGAUUUUGGAUUUACUUAUGCAGCGGGCUAUGAGAGACCCUGAAUUUGCACAGCUUCACGCCGAUGAGAAUAGCGAUGAUGACUCCUGGGAAACUGAUGACAGCGAUUGA